GGACUUGGAAUGCACACAAAGUAAUCAGUAGUUGAGAGAAAUCGUGACUAUGCUUCUGUUGCUCACGCUCGUCGGUCCAAAAUCGCCACUUCACACGACUCCCUUCUUUCUACAACGUUCCCCGUCUUGUUAUGUGCACUCCCCGCCCAUUUACUGAUGUACAGAAGUCCAGAAAAGUAAAAGAUUUAGUUUUUCUAAAUAAUUGGCUUUGGAUUGAUGGUUGACCAUAUUAUCUACCUAGUCUUCUCUCAUUUGCUCAAGGAAAGCUGGUAGAAUCUUCAUGCUUAGGAACUUCCAGAGAACACUAGUACCCAAGAAGACCACAGAUAGUUGUAUCAUGGUCGUGAGCUGUUUGUGUUAAAGUGCCUCAAAAAGAAAUGGCCCAACCCGGCACCAACGGUGAGCUCUUUGUGAAGUGCCUCGACUGUUUUGGCGACGCAGUUGGGGUGAAUUACCAAACAAAAAACUACGUCUACACCCACAAUAUGCGAGAGGACCGCUAUUUUUGCCGCUCUCCCUACGAGCGCUUUUCCGGUCGUCUCCCUGAAAUUAGACAUCCUGAGUUCGAGUUCGCCUUUCCCGUCAAAGAUGUAAGGAUUUUAGUUAGGGAUAUAACGGAUAAGCAAGCUCCAGUCGUCCACUUUGAUGCGAGGUUUUGGACCAAAGAGGGCGAAAGCGGCAAAGUCGUUGCGUCAGAUUUGAAGCCAGCGAGGGAUUCGGAAGAGCCGAAGUUUCUGCCGUUUUUUAUGGACGGUCAUAACAAUAACAGUGAAAAAAGGACUGGAGGUGCAACUAGUAGUGCACUCUAACUAUGGUCGUCAAUGUCAUUACAGUUUCUCUAUGUCUCUCUACCUAACACCUUAUCAUUGAUUUGAUGCUGGGAGUAAAUAACGCUUCUUGUCCUUCUAACAUCCGCGCCGCGCCCGGUUCUCCACGACGAAUCCAGCUGCAUACAGUGGCGAAGCCUCUGAAAUUUGCGGACAUGGGGAUCGAUGAGUGGCAAGAGUACGACCUAAAUUUCAGCACGGACAUCGCAAAUCACCGAUGCCUAGGCAAGCCGAUCCCGACACCACCCGAGCCGAUCACGCUGAGCAAUGCAGGACAGCCAGUCGACGGCUCUGAAGCGAGCAAAGCCCCUCUUCCAGGCGAUAGCAUUGUGAAUCCCGUGACGGGCGAAGUGAUAAAAGGAGCGGCGGGUGGAGCUGGGGUGUCUGCUUCGCGCAGCAGUAAUUUACAGAGUUAUUUGGAGUUUCUAAACGCUCAUGGGUUCUCGUCUACCACGACGGAGGAGGAACGGGCAGCACAGGCUGAAUUGGCUUUGGAGGAUGACUCAAGCGCCAUUAGAGAGUUCCACGAACAGCCGAAGAGUUGGGAGACGUUUGGAUCAAGACCCGUGAUCAUGUCGUAG